AUGAAACUUCUCGCCCUCCCUAUCCUUGCCUCUGCAGCGCACGCGGCCCUGCAGUACGUUGGUGCCGACUGGACAUCCGUCAUUGUCGAAGAGCGUGCCGGGAUCCAGUACACGGACACGUCAGGAGCCGUCAAGCCCCUUGAGCAGAUCCUCGCGGCCAAUGGUGUAGACACGGUCCGGCAGCGCAUAUGGGUUAACCCAGCGAACGGCGACUACAACCUAGAGUACAACCUCGAGCUGGCCCGGCGUGCCAAGGCCGCUGGCUUGGCUGUCUACCUCGACUUCCACUACAGCGAUAACUGGGCCGACCCGGGCAAGCAGUGGGCCCCACGGCAUGUCUGCGACGCUUUCCAGAAGAUUGGCGUCGCGCCCAACAUUAUCUCCAUCGGCAACGAGAUCCGGUCCGGUCUGCUGUGGCCCACGGGGAGGACGGACAACUUUGCCAACAUCGCGACCCUGCUCAAGGCCGCGUCCAAGGCGGUCAAGGAGUCAACCUUGAGCCCCAAGCCCAAGAUUAUGAUUCACCUUGAUAACGGCUGGAACUGGGGUCAGCAGGAGUGGUGGUACACCAACGUCCUCAAGGCGGGCCUCAGCCUCAACGACUUUGACCAGAUGGGUGUCUCCUUUUACCCUUUCUACGGCCAGGACGCGACCCUGGCCAGCCUACGGUCCUCACUGCAGAACAUGGCGAAGACGUGGGGCAAGGAGAUUGUCGUCGCCGAGAUCAACUGGCCUCAACAGUGCUCUAAGCCCGCUAGCCCUUUCCCUGCCGACCUCCGUGACGUCGCGCUAUCGUGGCAGGGCCAAGUCGAGUUCGUUAAGAGAGUCGCCGAUAUUGUCGCAAGCACCCCUAAGGGUACGGGACUCUUUUACUGGGAGCCCGCGUGGAUGAAUAAUGCAGGCCUGGGCUCGUCGUGCGAAUCCAACACCAUGUUCCAAUGGCCCGGAAAGGCACUCGAGAGUAUGAAGGUCUUUGGCCAGAUCUAG